GUAGGUAUGGGCAGUGAGUUCUCCCGAGUUACCAAAGUGUACGCCACUUCCGCUGCGGCCUAGAGUGAGCUAAUAGGCGAGAAGGGAAGAUACAGUUACCAGGAGAGGUCAGAGCGUGAAAAUGUUGUCCUGUCCUCGCCUGCUAGUCGCACUCCUCCUCUUCCUGGUCGCCAGCUCCAAUGCCAAGUUCCAGGAGUUUGAUGAUGGUGAUGAUGUGGCUGAAUAUGAUGACAAUGACUUUGCUGAGUUUGAAGACACAGCGGAUGAGAUGACCACGGAGCGCCCACCGCACCAGCAGCACCCACCUGAUGAGGAAGAGGAGCAGGAGGAGGAGGAUGAUGAUGAGGAAGCCACAGUAGAGGUGGAGGGACAGGAUGAGUUCGAACUGGACGCUGAAGAACAGGAGAGCGACAAUGAUGAGCCAUACGAUGAUGAAGAGUUUGAAGGCUAUCCAGACAAAAUAGACCCAGGAAGCCCCAAUAGAAACAAGGAGCCAAUCACCAUUGUAGAUGUCCCUGCCCAUCUGCAGAACAGCUGGGAGAGCUAUUACAUGGAAAUCCUCAUGGUAACAGGGCUCCUGGCAUACAUCAUGAACUACAUUAUUGGCAAGAAUAAGAACAGCCGUCUAGCACAGGCCUGGUUCAAUUCUCACCGUGAACUGCUGGAGAGUAACUUCUCUCUCGUGGGGGAUGACGGGACAAGUAAGGAUGCAGUGAGCACUGGGAAGCUGAACCAGGAGAACGAGCACAUCUACAACCUAUGGUGCUCAGGGCGUCUGUGCUGCGAGGGCAUGCUGAUUCAACUCAAGUUUUUGAAACGCCAGGACUUGUUGAAUGUGUUGGCUCGUAUGAUGCGUCCGACCUGCGAUCAAGUGCAAGUUAAAGUGACGAUGAAUGAAGAGGACAUGGACACAUAUGUGUUUGCUGCAGGGACUCGGAAGACGCUUGCUCGGCUGCAGAAAGAAAUGCAGGACUUGAGUGAGUUUUGCAAUGACAAGCCUAAGUCUGCAGCCAAGCUUGGUCUCCCGGAGUCUCUGGCCAUCCUGUCUGAGAUGGGGGAGGUGACAGAUGGUGUCUUGGACACUAAGAUGGUUCAUUACCUGACACAAUAUGGUGAUAAGAUUGAAUCCAUCCAUUUCUCGGACCAAUUUUCUGGUCCAAAGAUUGUGCAAGAGGAGGGGCAGCCACUCAAACUACCAGAGACCAAGAAGACUCUUCUGUUUACAUUUAAUGUGCCUGGAGCUGGAAACGCGUCAGUAAGGGACAUGGAGUCUCUUCUGCCACUGAUGAACAUGGUAAUUUACAGCAUUGACAAAGUGAGAAAGUUCCGUCUGAACAGGGAGGGGAAGCAAAAAGCUGAUAAGAACCGCGCCCGAGUUGAGGAGAACUUUCUGAAGCUUACACAUGUGCAGCGCCAAGAAGCCGCACAGAACAGACGCGAGGAGAAGAAGAGAGCAGAGAAAGAGCGCAUCAUGAAUGAGGAGGAUCCUGAUAAGCAGCGCCGUCUGGAGGAAGCCGCCCAGCGUCGGGAGCAGAAGAAGAUGGAGAAAAAGCAGAUGAAAAUGAAGCAAAUUAAAGUGAAGGCCAUGUAACAGCCAAUCCAGUCCCUGCCCCCUCCCUAACUGCAACCUCAGUCAGGAUAGCAGGGGAAAACUGAGACCUCAUUUAGGAAUAGUAUAUCAUUGGCUAUGAAGAACUGGUACUUUGUCUUCCCAUAUACAGCUUUAUGUAAGAAUUACCUUUAGCAGGGACCUGGUGUCCAAUACCUUCUCCCAAGGAACCUUGGUAUAGGCAGGUUUGGGCAUGGACUGUUUGACUGUAGUGGUAACCGCCCCUCACUUAUGGACAAGAAUGUACUGAAUCGCCUGAAGCAUAACAUGAGCCCAGUUGGUAACAGUGCUGCAUGGUUCUGAAAACUCUUCAAUAUGUGCACCGAGCACCAAUCCAGCCAUACCCCUACAAGCCUUCCUUAGCCUCUCCGGCUAGAACGAAAACCACAGGACAGAGUUCUUCCUUCACCUUGAAAUUUUAAUCUCUGAUGUCAAGUAAUGAAGAUUAGGAUUGUUAACAGUAUUGUAUUUUAAUUGCAAAGCUUUUUUUUUUUUUGUUUAAUGGCCAGCAUUACAUAUAGGCUGACCAUAGGCAAGAAAAGUACAUGGGCGCAUAUGGGGAGGUUUACCAAAACUGGUGUAAAGAAACUGCUUAGUUGCACAUUGCAACCAAUCAGAUUCCACCUUUCAUUGUCCAAAGGAACUCUGAAAAAUAAAAUCUGAUUGGUUGUUAUGGGCAAGUAAGUCAGUUGUCUUUUACAGCAGUUUUGAUAAAUCUCCCCCAUAGUAUUUGAUAGGUGAAAUCUGAGUUAUGUCUCCCUGAAAAUGGUUAUCCGGUAAAUUUAUAUUGAUGAAGGGUCUGACUCCUGGUACCCCACCGAUCAGCUGUUAGAAAAGGCCAGGCGCUCCAUUAGCACCGUGGCCUCUUCCUAGGCCGUGUGACAUCACGUACAUCGGUGACAUGGCCUAGUUGCAGCUCAGCCCCACUGAAGUGAAUAGGGCUGAGCUGCAAUACCAAGCACAACCGCUGUACUAUGCACGGCGGCUCCCUGGAACAGCUGAUUGGCAGGGUCCUGAGGAUAGGUCAUCAUUAUCAUUCCCUGGUCAUCCAUUAUCAACCCUUUAAAUGUUUGCUGUUGGGUUUCUUUUUUUUCUUCUAUAUCUCAUAGGCAUUAAAUCAUCUAUGAGUCUUGCUGAUAAAUUUUAGAGAGUAUACCUUAAUGUUGGCUAUGGCAGGUUGGUAAAAUAUGUGGCGAAGAUUGCUUAUCAGUAGACCAGGCUAUGCUGUUCUGGUUAUGGUGGUCUUUUAGGGGCUUUUUUCCAUGUAUAUCAAAUUUCUGUAAUGUAGUCUUUAGGUUUUCUAUACGUUAUAUGCAUUAGGUUGAAAAAAAGUUCAUACUUGCCCUAACAGUUGUGGCACCGACGGGGUUAAAACACAUAGCAUGUCCUUAAAAUUAAGAACAAACUUUGCUCGCCAUCUGCCUGCUUAUUGGUUAAAUUGAUUGCAUAAGCGGGCAAGUCUUCCUAGAUGAGGUUGUCAUAAUGUACCCACUACCCUGCUCUACCCUGGCUGCGGUUGUGUUAGCUUCUAUCCCAGCUAAAACACUGCUGUCAAGUACAUCCUAUAAUAACUUGGCCUCUGAUUUUUAGGUUCUUUACUUAGGUUUAAUAAUCUCUUCCCCAAUAUUUUAUAAAUCUAAUAUAAAAAAAAGUAUUUAAGUUUUAUUGCAAAAUAUUUCUAUAAAGCAAAAUAGUAUUAUUCCUAGUGCCCACCUGCAGGGGGCAGUACACAGCUUGUGUGUCGAUUCCAUUUACUACAGUGUUGUCAGAUCCAUAGCUCUGGUUGGCUACACAAUGAAGGCAGCAAUUUUUGCGAACUGAUAUUUAGCCUAUAAGGUUUAUAAGGCGCAAACAUUGGCCCUGAAGAUCCACAACUGAAUUUCACUUGAGUAAAAAAAAAAAAAGAUCUGAAAAUACAGCCCCCUAGUCAUCCGUUUAA